CGCCAUCCCACCUUCUCUUUGCGCGAGCUUGUGCGCAUCCCUGCGGAGUCGUCAUGCUUUGUCCGAAAUCGCAUAUAAGAACUGACUAUCGCGCGGCAGAUGCUUUUCUAGUCGCAGCUGGACAACACCUGUAACUGAAGCGUCAUGGCACCGGUAGCUAUCAACGAGACUUCCCCCGCGCAAAAGGUGGCCGAGCAGAAGAUCUUCAAUCCAUUCUACUCCCCAGCAAUCGCGGACGACGGCGAUACCGGAUACAAGUACGCACAGUACAAGCCAACGUUCCCCGAUGUCAAGUGGGAACCGUUGGGCGACAUAGUGGUUGAUGACCCGGCCAAGAGGGCAGAUCCUGAGAAGAAGGCUUUGCUUUCUGCGGCGACUAAGGUCAAGACAUUGACGCCGGUCAUCGGCACGGAGAUCGAAGGGAUCGACCUCCGCCAACUUACUCCUACGCAAAAGGAUGAGCUCGCAUUGCUCGUUGCUGAGCGCGGCGUCGUUUUCCUGCGCGACCAAGAAAUCAGCAUCCGCGAGCAGCUUGACUUGGCGCGGCAUUUCGGCCCGUUACACAAGCACGCGACGACGCCCAUCCCCAAGGAGCCAGGCCUUGAGGAGGUUCACGUCGUCUACAACGACGCUUCCCGUCGGCCCGACCCAUCCGCCUUCUCGAAGAUCGAACUCUGGCACUCCGACGUGUCCUACGAACUUCAACCCCCUGCUCAGACGUCGCUGAAGGUCAUCACCGGUCCUGAGUACGGCGGAGAUACGUUGUGGUCCUCAGGAUACGCUCUUUACUCUUCCCUGAGUCCCGGCUUCCAGAAGUACCUCGAAGGCUUGACCGCGGUGCACAGUGCCGUCGCCCAGGCAGACGGCGCACGCGCAGCCGGCCUCCCCGUCCGUCGCGAACCCAUCGAGUCAGUGCACCCGGUCGUCCGCGUCCACCCCGCCACGGGCUGGAAGAGCGUCUACGUCAACCCAGGCUUCACGCGUCGAAUCGUCGGCCUUCCCAAGGCGGAGUCGGACGCCGUCCUCCAAUUCCUCUUCCACCAGCUGGCCGAGAACCCCGACUUCCAAGUCCGCUUCCACUGGGAACCCAACUCGAUCGCGAUCUGGGACAACCGCGUCGUGACCCACAGCGCUACGUUCGACUUCUGGCCCGCGACGCGCCAUGCCCUCCGCGCCACACCUCACGGCGAGAAACCGACGUCCGUCGCCGAGUACGAGCGGGACGGCAAGGUGGCGAAGGAUCGCCAGAUUGAGAUCUGGAAGCAGCAGGGGAUCGAGGUGCCGGGCCUGCCAGCGACCGCCAACGGCCGUCCGCGCGGGUACAACGACUGAGACGCUCAGAUCCGAUGAGAUCCCGCGCGCUGUCACCCUGUCUGUAUCACGUCAGCCAGCUGCUUCGCAGUUCAAAACGCUUUCAAACUCUGUAUGUAUGUAGGGAAUAUAGGAAGAAAGGACGCUGUACAUCUUCGGACCGACCCUC